AUGAAUUCACCUGACUUUUGGAAUCCCCCCGAAGCACAAUUUUGCUUUGCCUUGGUCAACAGUUCAUGUCUCCGCAAGGAGAGGUCCAUGCCCGUUGUCUGUGCCAUGUAUGUCAUCAUGAUCUGUGCAAUAGUCAUGACUAUGCUGGGCAAUCUGGUUGUGAUCAUUUCCAUCGCCCACUUCAAGCAGCUCCACUCCCCCACCAACUUUUUGAUCCUCUCUAUGGCCACCACGGACUUCCUGCUGAGCUGCGUGGUCAUGCCUUUCAGUAUGAUCAGGUCCAUUGAGUCCUGCUGGUACUUUGGAGAUCUCUUUUGCAAAGUCCACAGCUGCUGUGACAUCAUGCUCUGCACCACCUCCAUUUUCCACCUCUGCUUCAUCUCAGUUGACCGCUACUAUGCAGUCUGCGACCCUUUGCACUAUGUCACGAAGAUGACCAUCCCUGUGAUAGUAUUCUUCCUCUUGAUCAGUUGGUCCAUUCCCAUCUUCUUUGCCUUUGGCUUGGUAUUCUCAGAAUUAAACAUUAUUGGUGCAGAAGAUUUUGUCACAGCCAUUGACUGCACUGGCUUGUGUGUAUUGAUAUUUAACAAACUCUGGGGAGUAUUGGCUUCCUUCAUAGCUUUCUUUCUCCCUGGGACAGUGAUGGUCGGGAUUUACAUACAUAUUUUCACAGUAGCCAGGAAGCAUGCUAAACAAAUUGGUGCAGGUCCUAAGAUGAAACAAGUUGGCUCAGAAAGCAACAUGAAGGCAACAUCUAAGAAAGAAAGCAAGGCCACCAAGACUUUAAGCAUAGUGAUGGGAGUGUUUGUGUUGUGUUGGAUGCCUUUUUUUAUCCUUACCAUCACAGACCCUUUCAUUAAUUUUUCAACCACUGAAGAUUUGUAUAAUGUCUUCCUCUGGCUGGGCUAUUUAAAUUCUACUUUCAAUCCCAUUAUAUAUGGCAUGUUCUAUCCAUGGUUUCGCAAGGCAUUGUGGAUGUUAGUGACAGGGAAGAUAUUCCGCCCAGACUCGUCCACCUUCAGCCUGUUUCCUUCACAUCCUUAG